AUCUGACGCUCUAACGAUUUAUUCUGCGUUAAAAGAACAAUUAUAUGAAUGAGUUAUGUUUUAAUUCCGGAAUAAACAUUAGUUAAAAAUAUUGCUGGUCGUGUCAAGCACUACUUCCGCCACGUCAUAUCCGCUGCUGACUCCUGUAAGUGACAGAAGCAAAGAAAGAAAAUUGCUUGCUAACAGUGAUAUUAUUUGGGCACCGCCCCCUUCUUAUCAGAAAUUUGAUAGCGUAUCAAUGUCGAAGGGUAAUUGGAAAAAUCCAGGAAGAUAUAUUACUGGGGUGGUCGAAGGAUGAAUGUGUUGAUGCUGACAAGGACGCAAUCCUUGUCACAACGCGUGCAAUAUCAACAUAACCCUAUUUUUUCUGGCAGUUCCUUCACAAAUUCCCCUUGUUUUAGAUACCCCAAACCCUUUCUGAAUCAUUGUUGUUAUCACGACUGCAACCAUCACCAACACUAUCGCCAAUCAAACUACUACAGUCACUACCACCACCGCCAUCAGCAGCAUCAUGUUCCAGGUAGAAGCAGCAUGCCAUCAAAACUACAGCAGAUUACGUUUCCCGGCAGUGAUACACUCCUUUGCUUCGCCCGAAACAACACACAGUCUUUCAGAGGUGGCGUGGCGGCUAGCAGCCGGCCUGGAUUCAAUUAUUUUAUUUCUCAACUAUGAACCAACGUGUUAGUAAAGUAAAAAAUUUCAAAAAGAAAAUGAAAAUCAACGAGAAGAGUUUAAUACACUUCGCUAACUCGAAUAGGUCCUCGGAUAAAGAGGGAUACCUUCAAAAGAAAGGAGAACUAAACAAAUCAUUUCAGCGCCGAUGGUUCAUUCUUAAGGGCAAUCUUUUGUUCUACUAUGAAAAGAAACACGAUAAGGAACCAAUGGGGGUAGUAGUACUCGAAGGAUGUACUAUUGAACUUGCUGCAGCUCACCACAUCAACAGCUGCGGUAGUUGUAAUAAUGGAUCUUCCACAGGAAAUGGUGGGGCUACAUCUGGGGAAUCUUUCACAUUCGAAAUAGUCUUCCCACGAUCGGGUGCCCGGACAUACGUCCUGAGUUCCAACACCCAAGAAGAGAUGGAAAGUUGGAUGAAAGCUCUUACUUGUGCUAGCUACGACUACCUAAAGAUGAUGGUUACCGAGUUACAAAGACAACUAGAAGAGGUUUUAAAAAAAGCAAACAUAGAACAAAGUGAAAGAAUUAUGGGUCAAGUUUGGGAAGAUAGCCCUAAUUUUGGAAAUACUUUGAAUUCUGGUGAAUGCUCUUCAAAUUCCUACAAUAAUCGUAACAAGAACAAUCUUUCUGAAAGUCUAACUUUUGACUGUUCCUCACACAGCUCUAAUUUUCGUGAGGAUGGACUCCACAAUAUCAAAGAUUCUUGUGAUCCCAAUGACAGUAACAUAAUCUAUCGGUAUCCCGUUGGACUACAAAACAGGUUUAACCCAUUUAACACUAUGGAUAAUGAUAAUAUUGACAUAUUUUCUUCAGAGCCAAACAAAAUAUUGAACUCCUCCCAUAAAGGGACUUCACAGUCCCACCAUUCAGGUUUGGCAAGUGCAGGCAGUGGGAUUCAACAAAGUAUAAAGAAAUCAAGAACUUUUAUAGAGAUGCAUGAAGAGUUUGGCAAGCUGCUGAAAUGAUACUGAAACAAAUUAAAGGAAAGUUUUAUAAGUAUAAAAAUUGUUUUUGAGACAGAAAUUUGUUUCAAAGAACACAAUGUUUGGCAAAUGUGUGGAUGAAGUAAAAAAA